AAAAAAUAGAAAACUGCUUAUGCUAAACUACCCCCUUUUAUUCGUUUAGAACCAAUUUUUGGUAGUCGUUGGUGAUACCGGUUCUGGUAAAACGACACAGAUGACGCAGUAUCUUGCAGAAGAAGGUUUUGCGAACCGGGGUAGAAUUGGCUGUACCCAACCUCGUCGUGUCGCUGCCAUGUCUGUCGCCAAACGUGUCGCCGAAGAAGUUGGUUGUCGUGUGGGUCAAGAAGUUGGCUACACUAUUCGUUUCGAGGAUUGUACGAGCCCAGAAACGCGCAUCAAGUACAUGACUGACGGUAUGCUUCUGCGCGAAUGUCUGAUCGAUCCUGCCAUGUCGAACUACUCGGUUGUUAUCCUUGACGAAGCUCACGAACGCACUAUUUCAACCGAUGUGUUGUUCGGUCUUUUGAAACGUAAGUGGCUAUCUGCUUGAUGUCUUAUAUUCCAUGACGACUUGCAUACUCAUAUGAGAUGGAUUUUUUAGGUGCUGCUAAAAUUCGACCCGACCUCAAAUUGAUUAUCACGUCGGCUACGUUAGAUGCUGACAAGUUUGCCACGUACUUCAACAACUGUCCAAUUUUCACGAUUCCUGGUCGUACCUAUCCUGUCGAAGUGUUAUAUACCAAAGAUCCCGAAUCCGAUUAUCUGGAUGCAGCUUUGAUCACAGUUAUGCAGAUCCACUUGUCAGAACCGCCAGGAGAUAUUUUGCUGUUCUUGACAGGUCAAGAAGAAAUCGACACAUCUUCCGAGAUUUUAUAUGAGCGAAUGAAGGCACUUGGAUCGGACGUACCAGAAUUGAUCAUUCUACCGGUGUAUAGUGCCUUGCCAAGUGAAAUGCAGUCGCGUAUUUUCGAGCCUCCUCCACCUGGAAGUCGCAAGGUUGUCAUUGCCACCAACAUUGCCGAAACAUCCAUUACCAUCGACGGUAUCUUUUAUGUGAUCGAUCCAGGUUUCGUGAAGCAAAACAAGUGGGAUGCCAAGCUCGGUAUGGAUUCGCUUGUGGUUGUGCCCAUCUCACAAGCAGCUGCUCGCCAGCGCGCUGGUCGUGCCGGACGCACAGGUCCUGGCAAGUGCUAUCGUUUGUACACCGAAGCUGCUUACCGCAACGAAAUGCUGCCGAACACUAUCCCGGAAAUUCAGCUGCUCAAUUUGAGUAUGACUGUAUUGAUGCUUAAAGCCAUGGGUAUCAAUGACUUGCUGCACUUUGACUUUAUGGAUCCACCUCCCGAAGCCAACAUGAUUCAAGCGUUGGAGCAGCUGUAUGCUCUCCAGGCUCUUGACGACGAAGGUCUGCUUACCCGAUUGGGUCGCAAGAUGGCUGAAUUCCCGCUAGAGCCUCAGUUAUCCAAGAUGUUGAUUCAGUCGGUUGAUCUCGGAUGUUCGGAUGAAAUUUUGACGAUUGUUGCUAUGCUUACAGCGCAGAACGUAUUUUAUCGACCCAAAGAAAAGCAGGCUCAAGCUGACGCAAAGAAAGCCAAGUUCCAUCAGCCCGAGGGUGAUCAUUUGACGCUGCUCACAGUCUUUAAUGGAUGGAAGGCCAAUGGUUAUGCCAAUCCAUGGUGCUUUGAAAAUUUUAUUCAGGCACGAAGCAUGAAGCGCGCUUUGGAUGUACGGAAACAGCUUGUUGGUAUUAUGGACAGGUAUGUCUGUUUUUGUUUGUCACACUUACGGCUCCGUCAACAUCACGCUAAAUAGUCUUGCGUUUUCAGAUAUCGACACGACAUUGUAUCUUGCGGUCGUAACUACAACCGAGUAUGUAAGGCGCUUGUCUCCGGCUACUUUAGAAAUGCAGCAAAGAAAGAUCCACAAGAAGGUUACAAGACGUUGCUGGAAGGAACUCCUGUGUACAUUCAUCCAUCCAGUGCAUUGUUC